AUGGAUAAUCAUAAUUAAUAAUUGGACAUUAUUGUUAUUGGUACUAUCUACGUGUCCUUCGAACCAUUAGUAUAAGUGGAAUGCAUGUCGAUCAAAGCUGGAAAGGUUUCAAGGCUCGGAUAAACAGCUCAAAUACUAAGUUAAGGUUAAAUGCAAAAUGAACUCUUAUAAGAACAUCUCAAUAAACCAGGUUAUUGGGAAUUGGAAAUAGAUUAAACGAAAAUCAUCAAAUUAAAUGAAUUAUAAAUGGCUAUGCCUGGAAUGAUAGAUAGUCAUGUGCAUCCCUAAAGUGGAGGGAUUUAGUUAAGCAGACUCACAAUCUAAAAGUAUUGUAGUUGGGAAGAUGCUAAGAAUGCAAUAAGGAAUAGCAUAGUGAAGGGGGAACAUGAUAAAAAUGAGUGGGUGUUUGCAUAUGGAUAUUCAUAAGGAUGGUUUAAAGAGUUAAAAUAGAAUAUAUAAGAACUAGAUGAUGUAUGUCCUGAGAAGCCAUUAAUAAUAAUGAGAGAUGACUGCCAUGCUUAUUGGUGCAAUUCUAAAAUAUUUGAAGUCACACAAACUCGCUAAGAAGAUGGCAUCUAUAUAGAAGAACAAAUGAAUGCUGUGAGAAAAUACAUUCCAAAAUUAAGUGAGAUCGAAUAACAGGAUUGUCUAUUGAAAGGAUUACAACACUUGGUGAAGUAUGGAGUAGUUGCAUUCCAGGAUGCUGCAGUCAAAGAAAGAUUGUUUCAAAAUUACAAGAAGUUGUAUUAAAAUUAAAAUUAUGGAAAUCAAUUACCAUAUUGUUGCAUGAGUCUGUGUUGGAAUGAUUUGUUUUUGGAAUAGACAUAAAAUGUUGAUGAGGAAGUGAGAUUUGAGACUGUGGAGAAUCAGAUUAAAGAGAUAAGAGAUUUGAAUCUAGAGAAAUUAUAUUGUCAUAGUGUAAAGAUAUUUGUAGAUGGUGUUUUGGAAUCAAAGACAGCUUUAAUGAAUGUUAAAUAUUGCCAAUGUUCACACAAUGGAUAACUCAUGAUUUAGAAUAUCCCUUAGAUAAUUGAAGGACUGAAUGAUAGAGGAAUCUAGGCACAUAUUCAUAGUAUAGGAGAUAGAGCAACUGAUAUCGUGGUUGAAGCAUUCGAGAGAAUCUAACAUAAGUUGAACAAGAAUGUCAUCAACUAUUUAGCUCAUCUUGAAUUUGUUUCACCAAAAGCUAUUGAACUACUCAAAAAGCUUAAUUUGGGUGCAAACUUCUCUGCCUUGUGGUUCUAUGAAAGUCCAUCACUUUCAUUAAUGCCCACAUGUCUACCUUAACAUUACAUGGAAGGAAUGUAUCCUAUAAGAGAUCUGGAAUAGUGUAUUAUUGGAUUAGGUAGUGAUUGGCCUGUCAGUUCAGCCAAUCCUUUUGAUGCCAUUGAGGUGGCAGUCACUAGGUAGCCUUUAGGACACACCUAAAAUCCAAUUCCAAUAGGAGAUUUGAAACAAAGAAUCACCAUCCAAUAAGCCUUACAUUAUUAUACUGAAGGAUCAGCUAAAUUAAUUUAGAAGCCAGGAUUGGGAUUGCUGACAGAGGGAGGUCAUGCUAACUUUAUUAUUAUAAACUAAAAUGUCUUGAAGAUUAAACCAUCGGAAAUACAUCAAACUAAAGUUCUGUCGACAUUUAUUGAUGGAGUUGAAGCGUAUUAAUCAUAAAAAUUGGAGUAAAUAUGA